AUCAUUUCUUGUGAAGACAUUCCGUGAUUGUUCACUGACCUGUCCCUCAUUACUGAAGCCUUGGGAGAGGAGUUAUGUCAACUGCAGCCUUGAUUACUCUGGUUAGAAGUACUGGGAACCAGGUGAGAAGGAGAGUACUUCUGAGCUCUCGCCUGCUGCAGGACGACAGGCGCUUCAUUCCCACGUGUCACAGCUCCACCUCAGAGUCCAGGUGUUCUCGGUUUGACCCUGACGGUAGUGGGCGUCCAGCCACCUGGGACAAUUUUGGGAUUUGGGAUAACCGCAUUGAUGAGCCAAUUCUGCUGCCACCCAGCAUUAAAUACGGCAAGCCAAUUCCCAAAAUCAGCCUGGAAAAUGUGGGCUGCGCCUCCCAUAUUGGCAAACGCAAAGAGAAUGAAGAUCGGUUUGACUUUGCUCAGCUGACAGAGGAGGUCCUGUACUUUGCAGUGUACGAUGGCCAUGGGGGCCCUGCAGCUGCAGAUUUCUGUCAUACUCAUAUGAAGAAAUGUAUUACGGAUUUGCUUCCUAAGGAGAAAAACUUGGAAACUGUGUUGACCAUGGCUUUUCUAGAAAUAGAUAAAGCCUUUGCAAGUCAUGCCCACCUGUCUGCUGAUGAACCAGGGAUUGAACUCAGACCCUUGCACUUGCCAGCAACUCUUCUAUCCUCUGGGACUACUGCAACAGUAGCCCUGUUGCGAGACGGCAUUGAACUGGUUGUAGCCAGUGUUGGGGACAGCCGGGCUCUUUUGUGUAGAAAAGGAAAACCCAUGAAACUGACCAUUGAUCAUACUCCGGAAAGAAAAGAUGAAAAAGAAAGGAUCAAGAAAUGUGGUGGCUUCGUGGCUUGGAAUAGCGUGGGACAGCCUCAUGUGAAUGGAAGGCUUGCAAUGACAAGAAGUAUUGGAGAUUUGGACCUGAAAACCAGUGGUGUGAUAGCAGAACCUGAAACAAAGAGGAUUAAGAUACAGCAUGCUGACGACAGCUUCCUCGUCCUCACCACAGAUGGAAUUAACUUCAUGGUGAACAGUCAAGAGAUUUGUGACUUUGUCAAUCAGUGCCAUGAUCCUACUGAAGCGGCUCAUGCAGUGACCGAACAGGCAAUUCAGUAUGGUACUGAAGAUAACAGUACUGCAGUAGUAGUGCCUUUUGGUGCCUGGGGAAAGUACAAGAACUCCGAAAUCAAUUUCUCAUUCAGCAGAAGCUUUGCCUCCAGUGGCCGAUGGGCCUGAUUGCUGGUCUGGACCUGGAGUUUCUGUGCAACAGUGUUGGCUGAACUCAUCAAGAAGUGACAGAUCAAAAGGUUCACCUGUGUCAGAGUGGCCCUCUGACUGGCUAGUUCAGUACCCAAGUCAGUGUCAAUAAGCAUUUAUUUACAUAGUUGCUUUUAGUAAAUACUGUACCCAUUCUAUUUAUUUUCAACCAUUCAUGCUUAGUAUAAACUUAUGUGCAAUGAAGUUAUUGGGAGUUUCUGUGUUGAGGGGGCAAAUGACAGUGGUUUUGUUACACUUGGUAAAUGUUAAAAUUUUUCCCUUUAUGUUUUGUUGUUUUUAGUUGUCUGUUUUGUUAUUGUGGUGCUGGAGACUGAGCUCAGAGCUUUUCACAUGAAUUUCUACUUUUUCAGACUUAGAGGCAAUUGUGGCUUCCUUUGAUCAUUUCUGGUUUUUAUUCAUUUAAACAAGUUCUUCAAUUGUUUCUCAAUUUUGAUAGUUAUUCAAUAUGUGAUCUACAAAGGUCUUCCUCCCUUCUUCCAGCCCCCCCGCCCGCCCCUUUUCUUUCUUCUCCUUCUUCCCUUUUGUGAGAAGGCAUCUCGUUGUAUUGCCCUCACUAGCCCUGAAUUCCUGGGCUUGAGCCAUCCUUCUGCCUCACCCUCCCAAACAGCUGGGACUAGACAGGGGCUCAGCACUAUGCCUUUCUUACAAGUGUUUAUAGUUAAUGAUGUGCUAAGGAGUAAAUGUGAGAACUGGGCUUUGCUACCAUAUUCUGUGUUCUGGACCACUUCCUAGUAAAUGUAACCAUGCAAAAGAAAUUCGUGAAGGUUAUAGGCCAUCGCUAAGUUGUAUAGUUAUUUAUAGACAGCAUAGUUGUGAAAGCACCCUUUUCCCCUUGCUUUUAUUUUUCUGUAGUUAAGUAUACUUUUAAUAUAAAAAAAAGAAUGUGCAUGCUAAGGGUUUUCUGGUCAAAACAAUACAAAGUUAUGUAUUUUGUAUAAAAUUUCCAUUUGUUGUCUCUAAUGCUUGUUUACAUAUAGUAUGUUCAUAUCAUUUUUUGUGUAGAGUGAGCAAGUUGGAUAAUUUGUCAGCAAUAAUAAUACUACAUGGGAUGAUGCUGACAUAAAUAAUUUGAGAUUUAUGUCCGGUUUUGUACAUUCUAAGACUAGUGAGAAAUAUUAUGUCUAAAAGAAAUGUUAGAACAUUCUGUAUCUCGCCUGGCUGUGUAAUUUAGGAAUAUAAGACCAUAUUUCUUUUUACCUGAAUGUAAGUUUGCUUUUCAACUGUGAAUCACUAAAUGUGCACUUGGAAUUAUAUCUGCAGUUAAUUUUUAGACUAUGUAAAUUUGUUAUGUGGGAUGUGUAUAUAUGUAUAUUUUAGAGUAAUAUAAAAUUAAAGGGAACAACCUUGUAUAGCUCAUUCAGCAGUUAGUUUUAAAUUAUUGAUAUAUUUAUCCCUCAAGAUGCUUGACAAACAAGGGACAAUUUUCCUACAAUGGAGAAUUUAGUUAUUGGCAGGUAAGGAAAUAGAUUAUGGAUGGAUAUAGGAAACAUUUUAUGUUGGGUAAUAUAUCUGAAUAACCCAGAAACAAACUACAUUAUUGUGUGAUACUUUGAACAUGAAAUGAAAUUUGAUAAGAAUACUGAAUGUUAAGUAUGACAUGAAAUUUUGUUGUAGAAACAAAAGAAAAAGAAACCAAGAAAGAAAUAUUGAUGUAUAUAACUUCAUCUGUCAGUUUUUAGGAUUUAUUUUUUUUCUUUACAUAUUAUUUAAAGGUUUUUAGAAGAAAGAGGGCCAAGUAUCAAUAUUCGCAUCUCACUUCUGACGGGACAGAAGAAACUAAGCCUUGACUUUUCCUACCUGUAUUAAUUAGGAAUUGUCCUUUGAGAAACAGUGCUAGAAUAAAUAUUUCAGAUAUUUUUUCAUGGAAAUUAGUGCAUAGAGGACAAAAUUAUAGAAAUGAAUAUACUCUGCUGUUCUCUGAGCAGUGAAGAACCAAAACAUAAAUUAGCAGAAUUGGGAGAUUUUCUUGAUAUUAUGAGUCAAGACUUGGAACAGAGACUUUUUAUUUUAUUAUUUUAUUUGAGACAGGGUCUCCCUUUGCAGUUCAGGUUGGCCUUGAGCUCACUAGCCCAGGCUGGUCUUGAAUUCCCAAUGAUCCUCCUGCCUCAGCCGCCCAGGUUCUGGGAUUGCAGUUAUGCGCUAUUGUGCCUGGCUCAGAGACAUGUUUUUAUGUUGAGUAGUAAAGCAGAAUUUUGAAACUGACAUGCAAAAUAAAACCUGUAAGAUUUUGCAUAAAAAUGGCAUUGUAAAGAUCCAGAUUUCACUUUUGUUUUGAAUUCUUCACAUUAUUAUUUCUUUCUCUAUAAAUUUAAAAACUAAAAGAGAGUGAUAUUGUCAAGUUCAAAGGCCUGAAGGUGAUUGUAGAAGGAGGUACAUUGCGAAAAUUGACAAAGGAAUUUUUAAGAUCAUACCCUUGGGGGCACUGGCUGUUUUACUGGAAAAGUUCUCAAAUCUUAAGCCAGUUAUCCAUAAAAUAUACUGGGGUUUAUAUUCUUUGGGCCAUGAUAUUAAAAUACAUUUUUAAAAUAUAGAUUAUUAUAAUCUCUAAAAGAAAAACAUGUAUUAGACCUGUAAGGAUUGUUACUAGAAAUUAUGCAAAUAGUAAAAAAGGGAACUGUUGUAAAUGCAGUUUUUUAGAUAUAACUGUGAACUUAUCAUGUGGGUACAGACAUGGUGUAAAUUAAAUAGUACAAUACAACAGUUAUAUUUAUGUUUGCCUUUUAUCUAUAUGUAGUACAAUAUAUUGCAUAUUAUCUAUUAUGUAUACAAGUUUUCUGUGUUGCUAGACUAUUUGCCAAAAUUUGUUUAGUGAAAUAUCCCUAAAUCAUUCUGGUAUUUUAUAAGCAUAACUCUUACUACCCCAAGUAUUCAAGAAUAAAUGCAGUCUUGCUCUCCAUCUACUGUUUAUUAAAGAUCUUUGUGUUUCUGAAGUGUUUCAAUUUGGUUUUGUGCUAGAAAAAAUCCACUUAGAGAUGAAUUUUGAUUCUUUAUACUCUGUGAUAACAACUUUCUCCAAAUUCAACAUUCAAAAAUAAAUUACUUUGAAGAGUCAGUAGUAUAUAAAGUACAGAAAUAAUGUUUUUAAAAAGUGAAAUCUUUUUAAAAAUAAUUUUAGCAGAGAAUAGACCUAUGCUAACUCUUCAAUAUCAAACCACUAAGUUUCCUUUGUAUGCAUGGACAGGGGUUUAAGUUCAUGGCAACAUGACAGUAAGAAAGUGCUUCAAGGUGGGGGUUUAUGCGAGUUAAAGUUUUGCAUUAAACAGUUAAAUACAAGUGUGAUUUGUAUCUUCCUUUAGUUACUUAAUAGUUCCUAUAUGCCUACUUCUGUGAAGAGGAACGUGAGAUUUGGGGUUGGGUUACCAUUUAUUUCACAAACUCUCUUGAAUGGAUGAGUUCAGCAGAAAAAAAAAAAUAUGUCAUGUCUUUGCAAGGUGACUCAGCCAAAUUGUGAUGGCCUUUGUAUUGUUUUUGACGUCUUGUGAUGAGGCCUGCUGAGCGUCUGGCAACUCCUGUUGAUUGUUAGAUGGUUGCAGCUGUCUGUUGGUGGAUGGCAGGUUCCACCUCUAAGAGUAACUCAUCUGCCAUUAGAGAACUUAACAGCCUGGUAGGCCCCCAAUUAAUUUCUACUGAAGGGCUCUGGUGUAUUUAAUAAUUUUAAUUUACACUUUACCAAAGUAUUACUUGGUGUGUACCAUCUCCUACGGCUGAUGUAAGUGCGGGUUUGACUAUGUUGGAGUAAUUGUGAGAAGAUCAUAAUCACAUAUCUUGGUGUUGAGUGACAUUCUAAUAAAAUGCAUGCAUGAAAUAUUUUCUAAAACCCCACUGUCUUUUACAUUCAUGCUCUCCACAAUGUAUUAUCUAUAUGAUCACAUGAAUAUAAUAAAAGAAUAAGAGCCA